CCGCCAACUUCCGGUCCGCGCCGGAACCCGGAAGUAGCGACGGGCGGAGGGUCUACGGUUUAUCGGGAUCAUGGAUUGAGACAUUCCUGAGGCUCUUGCAUCAUUGCCGGCGUGAAAUCCUUGGGAUGCUCCACUUGGAUAAGAGGUAGAAGAGCCGGGAGCCAUCAGGACGGCACAGGAAUCCGGGAGGAUGGACACGCUCAGGAACUGUACGGUGGAGGAGCUCCGGGAGCUGCAGGAGGAUUCCCAGGAAAUCGAGCGCUUGGCUCUGGAAUCACAGGAGGUGCAGGAGCUGCAGCUGGAGCGGGAAAUGGCCUUGGCUUCCAACCGGAGCUUGGCCGAGCAGAACCUGAAAUUCCAGGCGCCGCUGGAAUCGGGACGAAGCGACCUCUCCAAGAAAUACCUGGAGCUGCAGGAACUGGCCGGGAGGUGCCGGGAGCAGAAGGAAAAGCUGGGUGAGCCCUGGGAUCGUCCUGGCUCGGGAACGAAGGAUUCUGCUUCCCAGAAAGCCGAGAUCCCACUUUUUUCCCAGGAGAGAUCCUUUCGGGCUGUUCCUCUCUUCCAGAAAAUGGCGGAGAAAUUCCUGGAGGGCGAAGUGCCCUUGGAGACGUUCCUGGAGCAGUUUGCCGCCAUGAGGAAAUUGUCCCACCUGCGCCGGGUCCGCGUGGAAAAGCUGCAGGAGAUCGUGAGGAAGUCGGAGGGAUCCCAGGAAUCCGGCCGGGACUCGCAGGCUCCUCCUCCUCCUCCUCCUCCUGCUCUCCCUCCUGCUCCUCACGUUCCCGGCUCCGGGGAUCCCCCACAGCCCUUCCCAGCGGGAUCUCCUCCCUUCCCCCUUCCCUACAGCCCGGCUCCCGCGCUCCCUCCCGGCCCCCCGGCCCACGGGGCGCUGCCUCCCGCGCCUUUCCCGGCAGCUCCGGCUGCUUCCCAGCCCGGCUCCCAACCCUUUCCUUACCCAGCUCCCGGAUAUCCGUCGGCUCAGGCUCCCAGAGCCGCCUCCGGAGGCUAUUCCUGGUCUCCAUCCCGGGCCCCUCCGCAGCCGGCACCGUAUCCUGGUCCCAGUCCGUCUCCUCCUCCUCCCAGGCCGGGAUACUCUCCCUACAUCCCUCCCGGAGCGGGAAGGCCGCCCUAUCCCACCCAGCCCCCUCUCCCGAAUUUCCCGAUCCCGGCACAGCCUCCCUAUCCCGGGGCUCCCCCACCCUUUGGAUACCCCCCCCCUCCCAGCCCUUCCCGUCCGGCUUGGCCUGGAUACUAAUCCAGGACUUUCCGGGAGCAUCCUCUGCUGCUUCCUUCUUUUUCUGGGGACUGAGGAACAGGUGGAAUCCCAGGAAUUCCGUGGGAUGAGAGUCACAGUUCCAGGAGUCAGAGCCAGGUGAUUCCCAGCUGGAUAUAGCAGGAAGGAGCAGCCCCUCAGGGCGGGACCGGAGAGGAGAAGGCUCCAGGGAGACCUCGGAGCACCUUCCAGAGCCUAAGGGGCCUCCAAAAGAACUGGAAAAGGGCUUGGAUAUAAUGGACUGGAAUGAUGGGAUAAAGGGGAAUGGCUUCCCGCUGCCAGAGGAUGUGUUUAAUGGGAUAUUGGGAAGAAGUUCCUCCCUGCGAGGCUGGUGAAGCACUGGAAUGGAUUUCCCAGGGAAGCUGUGGCUACUCCAUCCCUGGAAGUGUCCAAAGACAAGUCGGACAGGGCUUGGAUCCGCCCGGAUUGGUGGAACGUGGUUGGAACGGGAUGAUCCUUAAAAUCCCUUCCCACCCAACCAUUCCGGGAUUGUCUGGGAGUCGGUGAUUCCCACCCAGCCUCUGGUAUUCCCGACCUCCCGCGUGGUUUUCCGGGCUCCUCACAUCCCCCUUCUCAGGAAACACUUGGAGACAGAGGGAACGACAGACACCGGGAAUGGGAUUUGCUCUGCUCAGCACUUUAUCCUACGCCCGUAUCCCUGGAAGUUAUUUAUAAGGAGGGGUUACUAAUGGACUAGGAUGGGGCUUUGUGGGAUUUCAUGGAAGCAAUUCCAUCCCUGGGGUCAAUUACAGUAAUAAAACUGCAUUAAUUAAUUCCA